AUGUCUUUGCCUUUUUAUCAGAGGUCCCACCAGCACUAUGAUCUCAGCUACCGCAACAGGGACCUCCGUACCACCAUGAGCCAGUACCAGCGGGAGAAGAAACGUUCUGCCGUCUACACCCAUGGCUCCACGGCCUACAGCAGCCGCUCCUCUGCGGCACACCGCCAGGAGUCAGAGGCCUUUAGUCAGGCAGCCACCUCCUCCUCCCAGCAGCAGGCCUCUCAGGCCUACAGUCUCGGGACCGCACAGCACUCCCACGGGUCUGAAGUCAGCCAGAAGGCAGUCUCAGCCUACGAUUACGGUUACUCCCACGGACUUACAGAUUCCAGUCUGCUGUUAGAAGAUUAUUCAUCCAAGUUGAGUCCCAAAACGAAGAGAGCCAAGAAGAGCCUUUUGUCUGGAGAGGAGAAAGAAAAUCUGCCAAGCGACUACAUGGUGCCUAUUUUCUCAGGACGUCAAGUGAAUGUGAGUGGAAUUACAGAUACAGAAGAAGAAAGAAUUAAAGAAGCUGCUGCUUAUAUAGCCCAGAGGAAUAUUCUUGCUAGUGAGGAAGGAAUCACGACGUCUAAACAGUCCACAGCAUCCAAACAGUCCAUGUCAUCCAAACAGUCCAUGUCAUCCAAACAGUCCACGGCAUCCAAACGGUCCACAUCCAGUCUCCAACAGGAGGAAACCUUUGAAAAGAAGUCAAGGAAAGUUGCAAUUCGAGAAAAGGCAGAACAACUGUCGCUGAAAAAAACA